AUGGCGGCGCUCCAAGACCUGUUCGCGUUCGACUCGCCGCCGCGGCCAGCAGCGAAGCAGCGCUCGCCGACGCCGCUGUCCCCGGCGUCAGAGGCGGGGCCAUCACGCACCGUGCGGCGCGACGCGUCGAACCCGCUCUUCCUCUCCCCAACAAGCAACUACGGCACGCCGGCACGCAAGCGGCCGCGCGACGACGUGUGGGUCGUCGACUCGCCCGCCGGCUCUGUGCGCUCCGUCGGCCCGCGAACACCGCUCGCGCCCCUCCCUACCUCGGGGGUGGGGCUCGCACAGCGCGCCGCCGCGGCCGCGAACGCCGAGUUCAUCAGCGACCCGCUCGCGCUGCAGGACCCCCUGGCGGGGAUUAAUGGCGACGAAGAAGAAGAGCCCGCGCGUAAGCGCCUCCCCGUGGCCAAGGUCGAUGCGGACCGGCUGCUCGCGCCCAAGGGGUUCCCGGCGCUCAUGAAGUUUGCGAAGAAGUUCAAGCCGCGCGGCAAGGGCCAUGAGACAAAGGACCUUCGCCGCCUCAUGGACGCGUACCAGAUGUGGGCGCACGGCAUGUUCCCCAAGGGCGACUUUGCGCAUACGGUGCAGCGUGUCGAGACGGUUUGCACGACGAGGCGCAUGGAGUCCGCGCUCAAGGGCAUGCGCGACGAGUUUUACCCCAAGCCGCGCGACGAGGAGGCGGAAGGCGCGGAGGACGCCGCCGACGCCGACGCCGCCGCAGACGAGGACAAGGAGAACCGCGCACCAGGUGCGCCAGCGCCUACCGCGCCUGCUGCGCCGGCCCGCGCCCCGCUGUUCGACUACGGCUCAGACAUGGACGACGACAUGGAGGCGCUCGCGGCGAUGGAGGCGGAAGCAGAGGCCGAGGCGCAGGUGCAGGCCGCGCCGGCGAGCUUUGUCGACCGGCUCAAGAGCGCUGCUGCUGGCGCCGACGCGCGUCCCGCCCUCGCGGCUGCGUUUGGCGACGAGCCGCCCGUGCUGGAGGAGGAGGACGAGUGGGAGGGGCUGUAUGACUAG